GCAUCACCUUGGCCGAGUACUUCCGUGACAUGGGCUACAAUGCCAUGAUGGCUGACUCCACAUCCCGAUCCGAAGCUCUUAGAGAGAUCUCUGGCCGAUUGGCUGAAAUGCCUGCUGAUAGUGGUUAUCCAGCCUAUCUCGGUGCUCGUCUGGCGUCCUUCUACGAGAGAGCUGGCCGAGUCAAAUGCCUGGGCAACCCAAGCAGAGAGGGCAGUGUCAGCAUAGUAGGAGCUGUGUCUCCCCCCGGUGGUGACUUCUCCGACCCCGUAACCACGGCGACUCUAGGCAUCGUCCAGGUCUUCUGGGGUCUGGACAAGAAGCUAGCCCAGCGAAAGCACUUCCCCUCCAUCAACUGGCUCAUCAGCUACUCCAAGUACAUGAGAGUCUUAGAUGACUUCUACGAUAAGAACUACACAGAGUUUGUGCCGCUCAGAACUAAGGUCAAGGAGAUUCUUCAGGAGGAGGAAGACCUGUCUGAGAUUGUGCAGCUUGUCGGGAAGGCAUCCCUGGCUGAGUCUGAUAAGAUCACGCUGGAGGUUGCCAAGCUUCUCAAGGAUGACUACCUCCAACAGAAUGGCUACACACCAUACGACAGGUAUUGUCCGUUCUACAAGACGGUAGGUAUGCUACAGAACAUCAUCUUGUUCUACGAUCUUGCCAGGCACGCAGUGGAGACCACCGCCCAGUCCGAGAACAAAAUCACCUGGGCCAUCAUCCGCGAGAACAUGGGCGACAUCAUGUACCAGCUCAGUAGCAUGAAGUUUAAGGAUCCGGUCAAAGACGGUGAAGCCAAGAUCAAGGCAGACUUCAAUGAACUCGCCGAAAAUAUGCAGACUCAAUUCCGAAACCUAGAAGACUAA